AUGGGUCUUCAUGCCCUACAUCAAGAAAUCCUGCCUCCAAGUGGAGUCGAAUUCGUUGUCAGUCUGAAAUUGACUCCUUCAACGACGCAAAGUUCGGGGAUAGACGAUGGAACCAAGGUCCUUUGCAAUGUGGUAGUCGCGCGUACAAACCUGCUUCGUAUCUUUGAGGUUCGCGAACAACCGCCACCGACGCACAGUGAUGAAGAACGGGAUAAGAAAGCCAAAGUGAGGAAGGGGACGGAGGCUGUUGAGGGUGAGGUCGAAAUGGAUGAGCACGGAGAAGGUUUCAUCAAUAUAGCCCAGUCUACCGGGCAGAAAGCUGCUGGCUCACCGACCGUCACGCGACUCUACUUUGUACGUGAGCACAAGCUGCAUGGAAUUGUCACGGGCUUGGAGGCUGUCCGAACACUGGCCUCCAUUGACGACCACCUCGAGCGCCUGGUAGUCUCAUUCAAAGAUGCCAAGAUUGCAUUACUGGAAUGGUCGGAGCCCAUCAACGAUCUGCAGACAGUCUCUAUCCACACGUAUGAAAGGGCCCCUCAGCUCCUAUCCUUUGAGCCCUCCUCGUUCACUGCGAAGUUACGGAGCGACCCUGAAUCGCGCUGCGUCGCGCUGUCAUUGCCAAAGGAUGCGAUCGCCAUCCUGCCAUUUCAUCAAUCGCAGGUCGACGUGGACAUGCUCGACCCAGAUCCAGCGCAAAUAAGGGACAUCCCAUACUCCCCGAGCUUCAUUCUCGAUCUGGGGAACGAGGUCGAUGAUAGCAUCCGCAAUGUCAUCGACUUUACGUUCCUGCCCGGCUACAAUAACCCUACCUUAGCCGUUCUCUUCCAGACGCAACAGACAUGGACAGGGCGCAUGAAGGAGUACAAGGACACCACAAAAUUGAUGAUUUUCACCCUUGAUCUCGUUCAUCAGCAUUACCCUAUCAUCAGUUCCGUCACGGGGUUGCCGUACGACGCGUUUGCGUUGCUCCCGUGCGCGACAUUAUUCGCUGGUGUGACCAUAUUAACUGGAAACGCCGUGAUAUAUGUUGAUGCCUCACGGAGAGUCGCCCUCCCUGUGAAUGGAUGGGCACCCAGGUCGACGGACAUGCCCCUCCCAAACCUAUCGGCCGACGAACAGACACGUUCUCUCCACCUGGAAGGCUCACGUGCGGUCUUCGUGGACGACAAGACGCUCUUCGUUAUACUCAAGGACGGAACCAUAUACCCCGUGGAGCUUAUUGCUGAUGGAAAGACCGUAUCAAAGCUUAUAAUGGGAGAUGCGUUGGCGCAGACGACUAUACCGGCGGCUGUGCGAAAGUUAGACGAUAAACACGUUUUCAUUGGCAGUACCGCCGGCGCUUCGGUUAUUCUGAGGGCAUCAAGGGUAGAGGAGGAAAUUGAGGAAGGCAGCGAGCCCCAGGAUGCAUCGAAGCCGGCUGUAGUGGCGGACACCAACGAUACGAUGGACUUUGACGAUGAUGACGACAUCUACGGCGUGUCGACCUCUACUAAAGUAGCAACAGCCAACGGUUCCACAAAGCCUGGCAGCCUCGCGAAGCAAACACGUACAGUCAUCCACCUGGCCCUUUGCGACUCCCUCCUUGCCACGGGCUCCAUUUCGGAUAUCACAUUCUCUUUGGCCAAAAAUGGGGAACGAAUUGUUCCUGAGCUCGUUGCAGCGACAGGCGCAGGGCCUUUGGGGGGAUUUACCUUAUUCCAGCGUGACCUACCAUCUCGUACCAAACGUAAACUUCACGCCAUUGGGGGUGCACGUGGGGUGUGGUCGCUUCCCAUCCGCCAGUCGGUCAAAGCCAGCGGUAUCUCAUACGAGCGUCCAGCUAACCCUUACCACGCGGAACACGACACUCUGGUCUUAAGCACGGAUGCUAACCCGUCACCGGGAGUCUCGCGGAUUGCCGUUCGGUCGGCGAAGACGGAUGUAGCGGUCACAACUCGGAUAGCCGGAACCACAGUGGGCGCGGCACCUUUCUUCCAACGUACAGCCGUUCUCCAUGUCAUGUCUAACUCUAUUCGUGUCCUCGAGCCUGGUGCCGAGCGUCAGGCGAUCAAAGACUUGGACGGCAACUUACCGCGUCCCAAAAUUCGUGCAUGCAGUAUAUGUGAUCCUUUCGUCCUCAUCUUCCGUGAGGAUGAUUCAAUCGGUCUGUUCAUCGGCGAGACGGAGCGUGGCAAGAUACGGCGAAAAGACAUGUCAGCGAUGGGCGAUAAAACUUCUAGGUACCUGACGGGAUGUUUCUUCGUUGAUACCACCGGUCUUUUCUCCUCUCCUAAUCAUCAACCGCCCCCUGCGACACAAGUGGGAGGGAAAGGCAGCACUACAACCCUCCAAGCAGCCGUUAACGCCGGUAGUCAUACUCAGUGGCUCCUGCUUGUCCGUCCACAGGGAGUUAUGGAGAUAUGGAGCCUACCAAAACUGGCAUUGGUAUUUUCGACUUCGGCAUUACUAUCCCUUCAACCUGUCCUUCAUGAUUCAGGCGACGCUCCAGCUCUUUCCCUACCCCAGGACCCCCCUCGAAAACCCCAAGACAUGGAUAUCGAACAGGUGUUGGUAGCCCCCAUUGGCGAGACUUCCCCUAAGCUGCAUCUUUUCGUAUUCAUACGAUCAGGGCAGCUAACGGUCUAUGAGGUAGCCUCCAGCGCACCCGUCGUGGACGUUCCAGCCACCCGUGCUACUAGCGUCAAUGUUAAGUUUGUCAAAGUCCUGUCAAGGGCCUUUGAAAUACAGCGAAACGAAGAAGUCGAAAAGAGCGUCAUUGCCGAGCAAAAGCGGAUCUCUAGGACGUUUAUACCAUUUAUCACAUCACCGGCUCCUGGCGUGACACUCUCGGGCGUCUUCUUCACUGGCGAUCGACCAAGUUGGCUGCUAGCGACUGACAAGAGCGCCGUGCAAAUAUACCCUUCUGGACAUGGCGUAGUGCACUCAUUUACAUCAUGUUCGCUUUGGGAAUCUAAGGGCGACUUCUUCCUUUAUACUGACGAAGGUCCAAGUUUGAUGGAAUGGAUGCCGGAUUUUAUACUGGGCGGUCCUCUCCCUAUGAAGCCCAUCCCGAAAGGCCGACCGUACUCAAACGUUAUUUUCGACCCGUCGACCUCUCUAAUCGUGGCAGCCUCUUCCCUCCAAGCGAAGUUUGCUUCUUUCGACGAAGAUGGUAACUGCAUAUGGGAGCCGGACGCACCAAACAUCACAGCACCCAUGUGUGACUGUUCUACCUUGGAACUCAUAUCUCCGGAACUUUGGGUGACGAUGGACGGAUAUGAAUUUGCUACUAAUGAGUUCAUCAACUCGGUCUGUUGCGUGAGCUUGGAGACGUCUAGCACGGAGAGUGGGAUAAAGGACUUCAUCGCAGUAGGCACAAGCAUAGUUCGCGGAGAAGAUCUAGCUGUUAAAGGGGCUACAUAUAUUUUCGAAAUCGUAGAGGUUGUUGCUGACGCUUCACUGGUGCCUUCGAGAUGGUACAAGCUUCGCCUUCGUUGUCGGGAUGACGCUAAGGGCCCAGUGACGGCUCUCUGCGCUUUCAAUGGAUAUCUCGUGUCUUCUAUGGGACAGAAGAUCUUCGUUCGUGCGCUUGACCUUGACGAACGGCUAGUAGGCGUGGCAUUCUUGGAUGUCGGUGUAUACGUAACAUCGCUGAAAGCGCUCAAGAACCUGCUACUGAUAGGUGAUGCCGUGAAGAGUGUCUCGUUUGUUGCGUUUCAGGAGGACCCCUAUAAACUUGUUGUGUUAGCAAAGGACAUCCAACAUGUUUGCGUUACGAAUGUUGACUUCUUCUUUGCCGAUGAGAAUAUGUCCAUCGUCACAUGCGAUGAAGAUGGUGUCAUUCGAACGUAUGAGUAUGAUCCUCACGACCCAGAAUCGAGAGAUGGACGUCAACUACUCCUUCGUACGGAGUUCAACGCUCAAGUAGGAUACAACAGUUCCGUCCUAACCGCGAGACGUACUUCGGAGGACCCAGUCAUCCCUCAAUCCAAACUUAUUUGUGGAUAUUCUGACGGUUCAAUCUCCUCGUUGACUCCUGUAGAAGAAUCGGCCUUCAAGAGGCUUCAACUUCUACAAGGUCAACUGACACGUAACCUUCAGCAUAUGGCAGGCCUGAACCCUCGAGCUCUUAGGAUCGUCAGGAACGACCACGUAUCGCGGCCUCUCGCCAGAGGGAUUCUUGACGGGCUUCUCAUCGCUGAGUUUGAGUGUUUGUCCAUCUCGAAACAAGAGGAAACUACGACUGAGAUCGGGACGGAGAGGAGUCAGGUUUUACAUGACUGGAUAGACCUCAUAAGUCCUUGGUAA